AUGAAAGAAGAUAAGAGCCAAGAAAAAAGUGGAAAAGAAGCAGCUGCAAAAGCUGAAAAAAAAGCAACAGCAGAUAAAGAAGGCAAGGAAAAAGAAAAAUCUGAUGAAGAAGCUGACAAACAAGAAGCUGAGAAAGAAGCAUCAGAUGAUGGAAAAGAAGAAGAUGAGGAAAAAAUAAUUGCUGCAGGUGAAGAAAGAGAAGAAGCUGGGGAAGAAAAGGAAGCUGAAGAAGCACCAUAUGUUGCAGAUGUUGAUACAGAAGGAGAAGAAGGUGAGAAUGAAGAAACAACUGUAGUUGUAGAGAAAAAAAGAUCUGAAGCUGACCAAAAAGAUGUCAUGGAUAUCGUUGAUAAAAUCAACAGUAACAUUUGUGCUGAUGAGGAACAUAGGGAAAAAGACAUUUGA